AUGGAAAAAAACAUUGCUUUUAGCUUUUUACUUCUCUUUUUAUGUGUAGGAUUUUCAGUCUCUGUGGAUCAAAUGUUUGUAAGAAUGGAUGGAAGUUCACAUGCAUUUUCAUACCAAGAGCUGCCCCAAAGAAAUGACCGACGUUAUGAGGGUGGUGUGAAGCCAAAACGUAACUUAAAACAAGUAGCAAUUACACAGGUGGUCAGUUACAACUUGAGCAGAAAAGGACAAUCAGAAAGAGACUCUUGGAGGACAUUGCCACACAGCCCUGUGAAUGUCACCGUUAAUGGAAGUCCCUGCAUUCUUUUCUGGGCAAGGAGGAUAAUGAUUAAAUUUAAAAAUCAUACACAGCUGGACUUGACAGAGAAGACAUUUGGCGUUCAUGCAACUGUGGAUGUUGGAGAUUCCAACUGCAGUGAAGACAGUGCAAUGCUUUCACUUAAGUUUGGUGACAUGGACAACCUCAAGGGGCUUGUUAUUAGAUUUUUAUUGACAAACAGUUAUUACAAGCUGUCUGUUCAGAACUGGUUUAGUUUAUACAGAAUACAGCUGCUUUACAACCAUUCUGUGCAAGCAACAUUUAACGCAACCAGAAUAUAUGCUCCAGCAAGUUAUUCCUAUCACUGUGAACAUGUGAGCAGCUUGCAGAGGUAUGAUGCACUCCUGAUGUCCAGCUCCGCAAACGAUGUGUCCAGGCUCUGGGAAGUCACUUUUAUCGAUUUCCAGAUUCAAGGCUUUAACAUUGAAGGAGGACAGUUUGCUUAUGCCAAAGAUUGUGCAUCCUUUUUUUCACCAGCAAUUCUGAUGGGCUUGAUUAUGUCACUGAUUCUGCUUCUAGUCCUGGCCUAUGCUCUCCAUAUGUUGAUCCACCUGAAGUCUCUUGAUAGGCAUUAUGAAAGCAAAGCCUCUCCUGCCUAUUUUGCACAAAUGAAAGACCGUGACAUGGCAGAUGAAAAAGAACCACUGAGAAGCAAUGGAAAUGAGUCCUAUGAACUUAGAAGUCAACAGUUUUGUAAAGUCUAUAUUUAG